AUGCUGUCGUUUGUGGUUCGCACUCGUCGCUACGUCGCCACGUCGAAAUGCUGGAUCCAAUCGUCAAACAGAGGACGUGCGACCCUGGCCUGUCUCACAUGUCGACGCAAGCGGAUCAAAUGCUCGGGUACGUCUAGAUUUCCGCACAGCUCAGAGGACCCCAGGGGACCGAUCCCUCGGGGACGAAGUCGCUGCUUCGCUGCAGGCCGCGGCUCGCCUCGCAAGGGCGAGGGCUUGAAAGGGGCGACGGUGACCCAGCUGGCACCGAGUCGACAAGACCCCAGCACCGUGACCUACCGUGACCAGUCUCUGGGCUUAAAGUCCCAAAUGGUUCCAUUCUUCCAUCCGCAGGAGAACAACCAACAUGUGGCCCGUGUCGCUCGCAACAACGCACGUGCGAGUGGAGCUGGGAGGACAAACGAAAGUAUGUGUCGGCAUCUCUUGGCACUUCACUGCGCGGGUUCGCUCCGAAAUUCGCUGUGGCUCCACUUCUGAACUCUCCUUGUGUUUCAUCCGCACGCUAGACCUUACACUAAGGAUGUUGUCGACGCUUUGAAGCAACAAAUUGCUAACCUGGAGAGCAAACUCGCCGAACUUUCUACCAUCGGAGACGCUUCACUUCGGCCUCGGCCCAAUUUCAACGAAAUUUCCGCGGCGGCCACACUUUCGUCUUUAGCUCCUGGGACGAACGAGGGGUCGACGGCAUCGCAUCCUAGAGCAGCUGGUGGUUUGGCUCGGAACGCUCAUGGUGAGCUCAGGUUCUUUGUAAGUGACUGCCAACCAAGCACACAGAGCACCAACGCCUAACCGCUUCUCAUUGCGUCGCAUCAUGAAUUUCGCAGGGUCCCGGAAGUACGCACAUCCUCAUGGCUCAGUCCGCAGCCAACCAGCAAAGUCUCGAACAAAGUGCUGCCCAAAUCCUCACUCGCGCGCCGAACCCGCGGAUCGCAAAUUCCCUGGCGAUACCCCCUCGUCCACCGGAAUUAGACCCCGUCUUUCGAGCUCGGCUUUUGCGACUUGCCUUCGACUACGCUCUACCUCUGUUUCAGGUUGUCGACGAGCGACGAUUCCUAUCCGAACUGAAUGCGCACCCCGACGACCGUACCGACGCGUAUUCGCCUUUCAUGCUCAACAUAGUGCUAGGAAUAGGAUGCCGGUACUUGGACCCCGAGGAGGACAUUCCGCGCGAAGUGUGCUCCGACCCCAACGACCUCUCGACAAAAGGCGAUGUCUUCAUCAAUUACGCUCGGUUUUGUCUAGACUCCGAGUGGAACUGGCCAAAGAUCUCGACGCUGCGCGGACUGGUUUGUUUGGCACUGUACCUCACAGGACGGGGUAUGGAUGGGUUGGCUUGGCUGUACACAGGAAUGAGUAGCCUGGUUGCCGAGAACUUUGGGUUGCAUCUGUUGAUCGCGCAUUUGCCGAAUGCGCCAGCUACCGUGGACGACGAGCUCGUGAUGGCUCGGCGCGAUGCUUUCUUUGCCAUCUUCUCCAACGAGGUGUAAGCAUCGCCAUUUUCCUCCUUGUGAAAAUUUGCACUUGUAGCUCACAACUCUCACGCGUAGGCUGCUGGCUAUGCACAUAGGCCGAAACUCGAACUUUCGCCCCGACGAAUUUGAUCAAGUACCGGGGCUGAUCGAUCCCUCGGCCGACUUCGACCCCCCGCUGUACCGUUCCUCCGUCUUCCACUGGUCCUCAAGGCUGGCAACGGUGGCAAACAAAAUACUUUCCCACGUCUAUGUCAAGCGAGGCGAGGCACUGGCCACACGCAAGCAGGAGGUCCCCAGCCUGCACCUCGAGCUUCAAACUUGGUACCACGCCCUUCCUUCGCACAUCAAAGUCGCUACCAGUGACACAGUCAAGACGCCUUCUCCGCUGCUCAUUGGUAUGUUAAGAUUGCUCGCUGCUCAUCCGCCUUGAUUCACUAGAGAGCUUUUUCUUAUCAACCUAAGCCAGCAUGUUUCAGGACUGAACAUCGUUUACUGGCAUAUACUGCUGUACCUCCAUCGCCCCUUUUUCUCUCGUUCCGAUGGUCAUGCAACCGGCACACUCUCUUCAACCGAGAAAUGUUUGCUUGCGGCCUCCCACAUUGUUCGACUAGUGAAAGUCCAGCAGAAAUGUCACGGUGUUCGGUGUGUGCACCCAGUGUUUGUGCAGUGAGUCAAAAUAUAACGGACUACUCUUGGUUUCACGAUUGUCAGAUACUGAUAGCGACCCCUUUCAGAGCGUUGUUUUCCGCUGGGACCAUCCUAGCACUCUCAUCAACACAGCGCGGAAUUUCUCCAACGCUUCAGCAGGACAAAGAGCGUCAAGAGCACUCUGCAAAGGAUCUUAG